UCCCUCCGUCGCCCAAUUUGCCUUGUAGCAACCAGCGGCGCGCGCGAUGGUCGGCGGCGGCGGCAGCGAUCUCCAGAGCCCUAAGAAGCGCAAGCGCGAGCACGCGGAGGGGAAGACCAAGCCGCGGCCGCAAGUUGAGGGAGGAGGGCACGGAGCGAAGCGGAAGAAGCACUCGGGUGCCGGCGGCUACGCGGACCAUGGCGGCGGCGCCGGCGAGGCUGUGGCGAAGAAGAAGCGGCCGGUUACUCCCAAGGAGAAGCGCCUGGCUGCUAAGGAGAUGUCAGAGGCGAGGAAGAGGAAGAGGAAGCGGCAUUACAGCCUUGAGAAGGAACUAACGAAACUAUGGGAAAAGAUGAGAUGCCAUGAUGUGAGCAAAGAGGAGAGGUCCAAGGUAGUAAGUGAGGCUAUCCGAAAAAUGGAUGGGAAGUACUUGGAUAUUGCUGGAUCCCAUGUUACCGCACGCAUUCUGCAAACAUGUGUAAAGUGGUGCUCACAGUCAGAGAGGGAUGCUAUUUUCGGUGAUCUACAGCCACAUUUGCUCACUCUCUCUCGCAAGAAAUAUGCUGUUUUCCUUGUAAAGAAGCUUAUAGAACUCGCCACUAAAAACCAGUUUGCCAGUUUCAUCUCUUCUCUUCAUGGCCAUGUUGCCAAACUUCUUCCUCAUACUAUAGGAGCUGCAGUUGUUGACUAUGCAUAUCAGCGAGCAACCCAACCUCAGAAAAGACAGUUGUUAUUGGAACUGUACUCCACUGAGCUUCAGCUAUUCAAGGAUCUGACUGUGCAAAGUUCCUGCAGUGUGUUAGAGACAAUUUCCAAGCUUGGAUUGCAGAAAUCAUCUGUCCUGCAGUAUAUGACUAUUGAGAUUCAGAAAAUCUUGGAGAAAGGUACUGUUGAGUAUUCCAUAGUACACACGGCCAUAUUGGAGUACUUUACAAUUGCAGAUAAGACCUCAGCUUUGGACGUGAUUUGCCAACUUAUCCCCCUUCUUACUCAAGGAGCAUCAAUCAUAGAUGGAGAUGAACCAUCAAUCACUUCUGAACUACCAAAGAAAACAAAAGCUAAGAAGAAAAGGUUGUCAGAGCCACUUAUCGUUCGGAUCAUGCAGACAAGGGAAGGAUUAAAACUAGCAAUUAGUUGCCUCAAGCAUGGCAGUGCAAAGGACAGGAAGAAGAUUAUUAAAAGUUUGAAGGGGCACAUUAUGAAGCUUGCUCUGAAUGAUUUUGGCUGCCUAUUCCUUAUCAACAUUAUUUCCAUUGUUGAUGACACAAAGCUUGUUUCUAAGAUUGUGAUCCAAGAGCUGGCAAAGAAUUUGAAGCAACUCAUUUUUGACAAGAAUGGGAGGCGACCAUUGCUGCAACUACUUCACCCUCUUUGCUCACGCUAUCUGUCUCCGGUUGAUCUGGCUUGUCUGAGCUACAGUGUGCCUUCUCUUAGUUCAAGGAAGGAUGAGGCAUUAGAAAGUGCUACCGAAGUUACAUCAGAAAAUAAAGUUGAUGCUGUAACUGAUAAAGAGCCCGAUGGUUUGGAAGGCAUGCAGAUUGUGUCUGAGAGCAAGAAGGAUCCAUCACAAAGGCGACAUGAACUGUUGAUCAAAAGUGAGCUUGCUGAGGCUCUUGUCCAAUCUUGUAUGGAAAAUGUUGGCGAAUUACUUCGAACAAAUUUUGGCAAAGAAGUAUUGUAUGAGGUUGCUGUUGGUGGAAAAGACAAUGUUUUGGAAGGCAUCACUGAUAAGAUCCACAAGUUGCAUGAUGCAAUAGCUUCUGAUGCAGCCCAGCCGAAGACGGAAGAUAUUGAACAUGCCUUUGAGAACUUCUUUUCCAGCCGUGGGAUCAGAAGAAUGAUAAUCGACUGUCCAGCGUUUGCAGUCACUCUCUGGAGAAAGGCUCUUAAAGGGAAGUGCAAGAUAUGGGCCGAAGGGCACAGUUCCAAGGUGGUCGCAGCUUUCCUGGAAUCUCCAAGUUCCGAGGUGAAGGAUCUUGCAAAACGCGAGCUGCAACCACUGAUUGAUACUGGCAUUCUGAAAGUACCAGACCAUAAAGCUAUGGAAAAAUGACUUGGGCGCGCGGAAAAUUUUGCAUCAGAAAUGACUCGGGGGCAAUCAUUCUUAUGUACCAUAUAAGUUACUGUUACCCGAAGACUUUCUGCCGAUAAACUGGUGUCAUUCGUUGAGUGUAUGCUAGUCUUUUGUACCCUAUAUAGGCAGUAAAUCGGAUCCAGUACUUUUUAAACUAAAAAAUGAUCCUUUUAUUUGUAUUCUUUUCACUUGACAGGUAGUAUAUGAUUUUAUUUCUCAAGUGCA